UCCUCGAAGUCAAGUCCAUUCCCAUUGUUUUCCAACCACACUCUUUUCUUCUCUCCUUCUUCCCUAAGUAUUCCAAACUAAAAGGGCAAACACGUCAAAUUACACGCCUUCCCUCCCCAUAAAUCCUCCAACCAGAUACAUUCUCUUCCACAAUGUAACUGGAGCGACAAGUUAAGGUUCACUUCACAUCAUCUAACUGUAGACUUAAAGGAAGGUUCCAGAACCAGUAAGAUGGGCGAAGGCGGAGCGGCGACGGCAGUUGCGGAGGCACAAUACUCGUUGGUCAAGACUUCGGUUUGGUGGGACAUAGAGAACUGUCAAGUGCCCAAAGGGUGCGAUCCCCACGCCAUCGCGCAGAAUAUAAGCUCCGCUCUCGUUCGGAUGAAUUAUUGCGGCCCUGUUUCCAUCUCUGCUUACGGUGACACCACUGGUAUCACUGCCUCCGUCCAACAUGCCCUCUCCAGCACCGGCAUCUCCCUCAACCAUGUCCCCGCCGGUGUUAAAGAUGCAAGUGACAAAAAGAUUCUUGUUGACAUGUUAUUCUGGGCUGUGGACAAUCCUGCACCUGCUAAUUACUUAUUAAUAUCUGGUGAUAGAGACUUUUCCAAUGCUCUUCAUCAGCUGCGGUUGAGGAGGUAUAAUAUUCUUCUUGCACAGCCUAAGAAAGCUUCUGCACCCCUAGUAGCAGCUGCUAAGAGUGUGUGGCUUUGGACUAGUCUCUUGGCUGGAGGACCUCCCCUUACGAAGGGUGAAUCACUACAACUUGCUAAUAAUGACAUCCGAUCCUCUUCUGACUCCAUACAAAGUACAGUCCAUAAUGCCUUUCAGAUACCGCAGUAUCUGGAAUCCUAUUCAGAAGUUCAUACUGGAAAUCAGAAAUUUCCUGGUACAGGAAGGCAACUUGAUUCUAGACAUCAUGGGAAGACGAAUGGGAAAAAUUCAAGUAAACCAAAUGGACCCAAGGUCUUGAAUCCAGCUCCAGUUGGACUUCAAGAAAAUUAUGGCUAUAUAAGUUCUUCUCGACCUGGCAACUAUACCCAUGGUGUUCCCCCAAGUGGUUCUACUACAAAUUUUGCCCAUAAUGUUCCCCCAAGUGAAUCUACACCAAAUUUUACCCAUAAUGUUCCCCCAAGUGGUUCUACUCCUAAUUUUACUUGUGGCAAUCCUGAUCAAAUGCGGGGCAAUAAUGGUACUCCACCAGGAAAUCAUCAAAAUCCACAUUCACAGGCAUUAAGAUCAAAUUAUUUUCCUUUGCAGCCUCCUUUUGCACCAAGCAGUUCAUUUUUCCCAAAUUCCCAAACUUUUGCAACUUCAGUAGUGCCAACUAGAACCUGUGGGCCCAGCUUUUCUGCAGCACCACUUACGAAGGUGCCAGAUGUUGGUAAUAUUUAUCCUAGUAACGCUCAGGAUCCACACCCCGUUAAACAUUUGAACGGGGACUUGAAACGGAGUUCUUGCAGUAUUUCUUCAAAUCCUAUUAUUAAAUCGAUUGAUGAACCACAUGGGCACAUGAUACAGAAUGCACAACAUUUGUAUAGUGGCCAUUCACAUGGUCCAAAACACCAACCUACAUCAGCAACUGUGGGUAAUAAUAAUCUUCCUGGUAAUGGUAUGUGGGGAUCUCCAGGAUUUCCUAAACCUUCUGAAUACGUCCAAGGUCUUAUAGGGGUUGUUUUACUUGCCUUGAACACACUAAAAACUGAAAAAAUUAUGCCAACUGAGUCAAAUAUAACGGAUUGUAUUCGAUGUGGAGAUCCCAAGCAUCGCAGUACAGAUGUCAAGAAGGCUCUGGAGAGUGCAGUUGAGCAGCAGAUGGUGGUGAAGCAAAAAGUAGGUGCUUUGCGGUUGUUUGUUGGUAAGAAUGAUAAAGUUUGGAAGUGUGUAAACACUAUAGGUGGUAAUCCUAAGAAGCACUCAAAAGAGACGUGGAAUGAAAUUAAAAAAUUUCUAUCUACUUCUUCGGGAAGAUUAGCAAUAAUGAGUACGCAGUGCAAGUACGAAGCAGGUAUUGUGAUUAAGAAUAUGUGCUUGAAAAAUCAUGCUUUGGGUGAUGUCCUACAAAUUUUGAACAUAGCGAUUACCGUUAAAAAAUGGAUUGUGCAUCAACAAUUGAGCUGGCAACCACUUAAAGUCACCCUUACUGAGGUCAAUUCUGAUUCAGAGGUCGUAGGAUGCCAAUAAUUCGAAAAGGCAUGCCGGCAAAAUGAAACAGUUAUCUGAAUCAGAAUUAUCUGAAUCAACCUCUCUUUGUAAUGCGAAUCAAAGGUAGUUAGUAAUAAUGAGCUGUAGUAUGUAAGUAGCGUGAAUGCUAUAGCUUAAGAUAUAAUUGAUUAUUGGUAAGGUUCUUCAAUUCUGAUCAAGGGGCAAAAGAAAUUAGCUUUUGGACCACAACUAAAACUUGAAACUUACAAACCCCAAAGUCUCUUCUGGUUGCUGAGGUUCAAAUUCUCAGCCACUGGUUUCUUAUACAUCACAGUGGAAAUACUCUCCUCAAAACUUUGGCUUCUACUUAUGUUUUUACACAUACUUUGUUUGGAUAUUGACUUAUUGAACGGAACCCGUGAAUCCUUUGACUUAUGCCUCCUAAGUUGCGUUUAGGAUAAUGACCGAACUAUGGAUUAGUGGAAGUUUGUCAAUCUUCAGGCAAGCUACCGGAAUCCAUUGUGUUGGUUUAUCACCUGGGAAAGGGUCUAUCAAAUCAUAUUCAUUGUUCAGGGAAUGUGGAAUGCACUUCAGAAACUGUUGUAUUAUCAUGUUUACUGGUUAUCCUUGAAGCUCAUGACUUAUUAUAUUGACCGUCGAUCCAAAAAAAACACCAUAUUGACCCAUGCACAGGGCAUGUUUCUGGAGGAUUUUCACUAUCAAUAAAAUUCACUACAUGGAGCUUUUGGAAAUGAUCAACGAUCGUGGAUGAAGGCUCUCAUUGAAAAUGGUCGAGUGGAUGAAGCUGCUAUUAUUUUAGAACAAAUGUUCAAAGUUCAAUGUCAACCAGAUUUGAGUUUUCAUACCUGCAUAAUACCUCUGUUUUGCAGAGAAAAUAAAAUAGAGGAGGCUGUGAAGUUGUUUAGAAUGAUGAAAGAUUCUGAUCUUGAGCCAGAUUCUUUCAUUUAUGAGGUUCUAGUAAGGUGUUUUUGCAACAACUUGCAGUUGGAUUCUGCUGUUGCCCUUAUAAAUGAGAUGAUAGAAAGUGGUAUGCCACCAAAGCAUUAUGUUCUUGUUGAUAUAAUGAAUUGCUUCUGUGAAUUAGGGAAAAUUAAGGAGGCUAUAGUGUUUUUAGAAAAUAGACAAGUUCAUGAAACUGCUCCUUUCAAUACAUUGCUUGAAGGUUGCUGUAAUGCUGGUGAAAUUCUGGCAGCAAAUGUUCUGCUGGAGACAAUGUCUGAGAGACACAUUGCAGAUUGUGAAUCUUGGAACAUUCUCAUUAGAUGGUUUUGUGAGAAUGAAGACAUCAAGAAGGCACAUAUACUUCUUGGCAGGAUGAUCAAAUCAUUUGUUAUUCUUGACUGUGCAACAUAUUCUGCUCUUGUAAUUGGCAACUGUAGAUUGGGCAAGUAUGAAGAAGCAAUGAAACUAUUUCAUCAAAUUUGCGCCAGAUGCUGGAUUUUAGAUUUUGCCUCAUAUUCUGAACUAGUUGGUGGUCUCUGUGACAUCAAACAUUCUGAAGAUGCCAUGGAAGUGUUUCACUAUAUGUCAAUGAAGAGAUGCUCUCUUCACUCCUUGGCCUUCUACAAAUUGAUAAAAUGUGUCUGUGACUCUGGACAGGUCAAAGAAGCCAUAAGACUAUGGCAAUUAGCUUGUUUUUGUGCUAUUUCUUGCUGUAUUGCCACACACACUGCUAUCAUGCAGUUGUUGUUAAGAUCAAGGAGGGCAGAAGAUUUGUUAGCAUUCCUCUCGCAAAUGUUGAUGGUGGGCAGUAAUCUUGACCUGGAAGCAUAUUGUAUUCUUAUUCAAAGUAUGAGUAGACAAAACAAAAUAAAGGAAUGUGUUUUAUUUUUCAAUACAAUGAUCAAUGAAGGUCUAACA